AACGCCAUGGAAAAGGACGCCUGGAGUCAAGUGAAAGACGAAAAGAUUGAUACUCUGAUGCUUAAAGAUUUGCUAAACAAUAUACGUCUUGAAAUCGGUGACACCGGCCUUACAUCCCGUUCCCAAGCGUUCAUCGGCUUAGAAAAUGCGGUAGAAAUGGAUAAUUUUGUUGAGGUUUAUAAGGAUCAGCCGCUGAAAAGGGUAACAGUUGUCACGUGUUUGACAACCAUAAAGAAGACGGUGUCGGACGAGAAUGCGGUCAGUUGUCUAGUGAUGGGCACUGAGAAUCGGGACGUGUAUAUACUAGAACCCGACGCCUUUACUAUAUUAGUGACCGCAACGGUUCCGAGUGUUCCCGUGUUUAUUGAGGCAAACGGUUUGUUUGACGUCGAGUAUCGGUUAAUGGUUUCGUGUCGAGACGCCCACAUCUAUACCAUCAAACGAGGCUAUAAAACGGGACGACUCUGUCUGCAACUUAAUUCACAACCGGUAGGCAUUUUAAGGGUCAAUAAUAAUAUUGUGAUCGCAACCAUGAACCAAAUGCUCAGCACAUUCACCACUAAAGGGAAUUGUAUGUGGAGUGUCGAACAGCCGGCAAUUAUAACAGCCAUUGAAGCUAUAGAUGUUGAGCGUCAGAGCCUGAAGCUGAUCGCUGUGGCACUCGAUUGCAAACAAAUACAUUUAUAUCAAGACAGACAUAAAGUGGAUAUUUUAGACACGGAUGACAUUGUGGUGGCCAUGAAAUACGGCCGCUUUGGCCGUGAAGACAGUACAUUAGUGAUGGUUUCGCGUAACGGAGCCCUCACUAUCAAAAUAUUGAAAAGGACCGCAAAGUUUGCGAUCCGGGAGUUUGUGGAGGCGCCCCAACACACACUCACUUCUAAACUCAAUAUUCCCAAAAAGACUAAAUUGUUUGUCGACCAGACUAUGAGAGAAAGGGAACAGUCUAUCAGUAUUCACCGAACAUUUCAACACGAUUUAUAUCGUCUCAAAUUAAUCGCCGCCCGAUCUUAUGUGAAAGCAAUCGCAUCGAGUCUUAAUCCUUUAUCUUCUACUGCUAUCGAUCCUUUGAAACUAUCGGCACAGGUGCAUGGAUUGGGCCCUAUAUUCAGACUAGUGUUGGAAUUGCAAAAUACAUCGCCGGACACGCCAUCAAUGGAUCUAUUGAUGACAUUUCAAUGCGAUGUUCGCAUCUAUACUAUCGACCGAUCGGCGAUUCGCGUGCCAUUCCUCGCGCCCGGAUUUAUCUACUCUUUCGCCACACGUGUUGUUUGCGUCAGUAAACUAAACAUCUCUGAUAUUAUCAAAGUACUUGUGGUGAAAGAGGAUGGGAUAAUACCUGUAAUUACUGCUGUGAUCAAUAUGCCGGCCAGUGAGGCACCUAUUGAUGGAUAGGCGUCUUCUCGCACUUAUCUUAUCAAAUAUGAUUCACUAAC